AUGGAUUCCAAUUUAAACAUUAUUCGAAAUAAUGUCGACCAACUCGAAACUCGUUUCGAGAAAUUACAUGAAGAAAUGAACUCAAUUUUAAAUGAAUGUAAUUAUUAUAUCAAACUUGCAAAAAACUUAUGUGAUCAAGCAAUGGAAUUGACGACAAUCUUAAAACACCGACUAGCUAAUGCAUCAAAUGAAGAAAAAGAAUGGAAAGAUAUCAAAACUAAAUUAGCAGCAGCAUCAAUUCAAGGUAAAGUUAUACUUAAUGUUGGAGGUGAUAAAUAUACUACCAGUGUUGAGACAUUAACACGCGAAAAAAAUACUUUCUUCACUGCACUUUUCUCGCAACAAUGGCGACUCGAAAGAGAUCCUAAUGAUGAAAGUAUAUUCAUCAAUAGAAAUGGUAGAAUCUUUUCUUAUAUUCUUGAAUAUUUGCGUACGAAUACGAUGCCACCUAAUGUUAUGCAAGAUGAAACACUUCUGAGUAGUCUUUUCAUUGAAGCUGAAUAUUUUCAUUUGCAUAGUCUGAUGGAUAAGUUAGGUGUUAUUUAUUUUCCUGAUGGAACAUUGCUUCAAUUAGAGCAUAAGAAGACAUUAAAUGAAUUCUAUGGUAAGACUAAUCAACGAUGGAAAUUGAUUUAUAAAGCAUCACGUGAUGGAUUUGAUGCAAAUGCAUUUCAUUUAUGUUGUAAUAAUAAAGGACCAACAAUAACAAUUAUUCAAUCAAGUAACAACUAUCUUUUUGGGGGUUAUACAUCUAUUCCAUGGACUUCAAAUGAUUCAUAUGCAGAUGAUAGCACAACAUUUUUAUUCACUUUGAUCAAUCCUCACAAUAUUCCACCGACGAAAUACUUUAUUCAUCCUGAUCAUACAGAAUGUGCAAUUCGUCAUCACAAAAACUAUGGUCCAACAUUCGGAGCUGGUCAUGAUAUCUAUUUAGCAAAUAGUAGCAAUUCGAACAACUCAAGCUACACUAAUUUUCCAACGUCAUACUUUGAUACAACUGGAAUGGGUGAUAUGACAUUUACUGGAACUUAUAAUUUUAGUGCAUCUGACAUUGAAGUUUACAAAUUAGCUUAG